AUGUUGAUGGAACCCACCAGACUACUUAAUGCGACAGAACGAUGGAAAAAGGAAAUCCCUGCCGCAAUAUUUCCGCAAGCCCGGAACAAGAUCAUCGCGACAACAGAAUCAGAAGGAGGGUUUCAAGGGCCUGCGAUCGCUGUAGAACGAAAAAGGCAAAGGUACAGUACGACGACACCACAGAAUGAGCUACUGUGCACUAAGACCCCAUGCAGUGUGAUGGUGCAGACCCUUGCCACCGGUGCAAGGCUUCCGGUACGAACUGCACGUUUCAAAGGACUACAAGAGCCAAGGACAGGGUCAUACCUAAAGGGUAAGGCAGUGAAGGCACUGCAUGGGCGCGGAUUCGACACGACCGUGGCUGACAUGAAUAGAUACGUGGAAAUGCUCGAGAGCGAUCGCCAGCGCCUGAUCGAUGGGCUCCAGAAGUUAUAUCGACACACAAGCGGAGCGUGUCCCCGGGACUUGUUGAUGCUUCAUCCCAGCGGACAAGAGCAACCUCUUAUCCAUGAGAUCCUGAGUCGGCUGCAAGUAUUACCAACAGAGUCAGAAGAUUGUGACCCUCAUUACCAUCGGUCUACCACUGAGACAACGACGGAGUUAUCUGCGACAAGUACAUCCAACGGGGAUGGGUCCAGGGAGAGUCUCGGUCAAGACGUGAUAAUGUCUCCGCAGACACUCACGGGAAUUGACAUCUCCGUGAAUGACCCGCUUUGGCCGAUGCCAGACUCCGCAUGUACAGUUCAGAACCAAGACUUAGUGACGAUACCCGACGCGACGACAGACUCCAAAGUACUAACACUGUGGGAAGGGUGGCCUAUGCAGGUGGCCACGGACCAUUUAUUCUCAACCACGUUCAGUCUUGACAACGGAUGUAUAGAUGCAACGCAGUGGCUUCCACAUAGUUCGAUAACCGACUGGAUAAGUCUUACGUGA